AUGAUGAAGACCGAUUCCUCAUCUUCCAAAAGCACCGGCUCCGGUUCGACGCUGAGGAGCCCAUCCCCGCACCGGAACGCAUACGAGGCGGGGAUGCAGGCGCUGAGGCCUGCCAAGGACAAUGCUGCAAAAGGCGAUCAUAUGCAGGAAGGCCCCCGCGGUCGCAGGAGUUAUGGCUCCAAUGUGCACCGUAUCAAGAACAUGUUCCAGCAGAUGCAAGGCCCAGGGAGCACAUCUCCCUGCACGGAGGGAGGGGAGGACCCAGAGAAGACUACUGAGAGAGUGCGUCUCUCCCUCCCCAGAGCCGGUAGCCUGAAUGAGAAUGUGGACCACAGCGCCUUGCUGAAGCUGGGAUCCACUGUCUCAGAGCGGGUUAACCGGUUCGACCCUAAUGCCAAAGCUGAGAAUGGGCAGGCUCCCGUAGCCUCAUCACCCAGCUACUCCAAGUUGCAGGAGACACGGAAGAUUUUCGAACAACAGAAGGCGGCCCAGCAGCUGGAGCGGGAGAAGCAGGCUGCUGCCACCAACCGGGUCCUGCUGAAGACAGAGCAGACCUCGGGCCUGGGCAUCCAGGAUGGCAGGCUGGACAUGGUGGCGCGGUUCAAUGGCAGCACAGAGUCCCUGGACAGCCUGGACACCACCGAGGCCGUGUCCCCCACCGUCUCCCAGCUCAGCGCUGUCUUCGAGCGGGCCUCAGAGCUCCGCAACAACCUGCACCACCUCUCCUCCACACCUCCGCUGCCCUCCCGGGGGGUCAGCACCAAGGUGGGGGUGCAGCUCAACUCCAAAAUCAUCUCUAAGAGGGCGAAUCGUGCUUCUGCCCUCCCACCAACCAGCCAGGAGGAGGAAGGGGGUUGGGGCCGCAGCCAGAGGGACCAGGAUGGACCUCCCAGAAGCCUCAGGGCCUCAUCCUCCUCCACCUCCGAUGGCCAAAGCGGAGGGCAGAAUGGAGGCCACAGUGGCCACACACUCCCUGAGCCCAGAGAGGGCCGGGAUAAGACUGGGCCAGACUCUGGGUCCCAGGCCAAAAUUGAGGGCCAGUCUGAGGAUCGUUCUGGCGACCUGGAGCCCAGCAGUACCAUAGUUAAAUCUGACAUCCACCACUUCUCUCUGGAGAAUGGAGAGAACAGUACAGAGAGAGAGGCCCAGGUAAGGGAGACCUCUCCCAAGGGCACUAGCAGUGAGAGGGGGAGGCAGGGUGGAGAUGGAGAGAUUGGCCAGGGGGGUAUAGCAGAGGGGGAAGAGAGGACUGUAAAGGAGGAUCAGUCAGGGGGAGAACAGGUGGCUAUCAGAAUGUACAGCGCAGUGGGGGAGGACUCUGGAGGGAGCCAGCAGGAAGAGGAGGAGGAUGAUGAGCCAUACGAGCCCGAGUCCAGCUGUCAUGAGAAACCUGGGCUACCUGAAGAGGAGGACCCUCCACCUAGCCGGAAGAUCUGCUUCAGCACGGGGCCUAUCAAGGUGUUUUCCACCUACCCCAACGAGGACUAUGACCGUCGGAAUGAGGACGUGGACCCCAUGGCUGCGUCUGCAGAGUACGAGCUGGAGAAGAGGGUGGAGAGGCUCCAUCUGUUCCCCGUCGAGCUGGAGAAAGAUGGUGAUGGGUUAGGUAUCAGUAUCAUUGGGAUGGGGGCAGGGGCAGACAUGGGCCUGGAGAAACUGGGCAUCUUUGUCAAGACGGUCACCGAUAAAAGGGAUGAGUGGAAGACGGGUAUUCCUUGA